GCUCAAGACGAGGCCAAAAGACCCCCGGGGUUCGUCAACCUUAAAAAGAGUCGCACGGCAACCCUCGAUUUUCAACAGAUCACAUUUGACCGUACCCAUUCAUCCCAAAAAAAAAAAACAAACUUAAAUCACCCUCCCACCAAAAAAAUGCAUCCCAACCUCACUUCGACUCCCGGCCUCUCCCUGCACACAUCGUUCCAACCUCCUCAAGACCGCGUGUGCAGCGAUGGCUAUUCCACGGCCAGCCCUCUCAGCUCCACUACCAACAGUCCCACUUCGUCGCCCACCUCCCCAUUCCGCCGCUUCAACCGUGGUUACCACCCGACCUCCGGCUCCCGUUCCGACGCCAGCGACGCCGGCAGUCGUAGCCAGAGCCCCUUCCGUCUGUCAUCCGUUUUCCGUCGGCCCUCGCUCGUCUUCCUCCGCCAUCGCCCGUCCAAGGUCGAUUUAGCCCUCAGCGAGGAACGUACCCGAUGUGAUGAAGACGCCAUCGAGCGACAAGGUCUCGACCUCAUGGAGCCCCGCCCUGUUGACCCGGUCGGGAUCCCGAUGGAUCUGAAUGCCAAUAUUUUCUCUUCUGUCGCGGGUGAUCGCUCAUCUGGCCAGAGUCAGGCUUCGCAAGUGUCCCAGCCGCGCUUCGUCAUGGGCGGUAUAUUCGAGGUCAUGGAGGGGCGUGCUUGACCUUAUUCGCUCCCUUCUACUCUCUUUCUCCCUCUUCCUUUCUCACUUUCCUUCGGUCUUUUCUUUCUUAACCUUGCUUCUUCUUUUACUCUCUUUCUUGACUCUACGUUUGCUAUUAUCG